GCCCCCUGACCGAUCCCGCCCGCGGUGAGGAACGGGCGUUUCUUCUCGUCGUCUGCGAUGUGUCGGGGCGAGCGCCCGGCGCCGAAAAUGACCGAGAGCCGUAGCCGUCUGUCGACCAAAGAGUGUUGCUGAAGCCGCGGCGCCGGGGAGAUCGAGAGGACGCCGCCGGAGACCCGGGAAUGCGUCGUCGAUCCCGCUGACGAGCUGCCGCCCGCUGGCCUGGCCCGUGGCUAGUGCCGCGACAACAAAGGACCGUUGUCUCGUCGCGUGCCUCGAGCGCGACAGUUUAAUUAAAAUUGGAGGGGGGGAGACGCGCGCGCGAGUUCGCUCCGCACCGGGCGGCUCCGAGACUCGAUGAGGGAGGCUCGCGCCGAUCGAGACCUCGCGUGACCGUGAGGUUAUGCAGCGGAGUCGAGAGGGAACGGAGACGUCGAGGUGUUCUCUCGUUGCUAGCUGUCCGGUGUAGGCAGGAGAGAAAGAGCGAGAGAGAGAGAGAGAGGGGGAGACGGGAAGAGAGAAGAGGAGGGAGAAAUCUGACGGAUAACGCGCGAGGCGGUAUUAUGUUUCGAUAACGUGAUUCGGCAAGUCCCGAGAGACCGAGGUCGUAACUCUGCGGUCCCUGCACCGGAUCAGCUGAUCGGAGGUGCUCCGAGGUGUCCGAGCGGGCUCGAGCGAAUGGGAGUAGCUGUCGAACGGGAUAGCUUCGCGCGCGUCAAGGUAGAUAUUAAUAAAUAUCGCCAGGAGAGUCGAGUCGGCUACCACCGGCGGGCCCUAGAUUUGGAAGAUGUCGGCGAGCAAUUCGAAUUCGUCGGCGAGCGCGGGCAGGGCCGGCGGUAAUCUGCAGAAUCGAAAUUCGCAGAGGUCCACCCUGCUCAAGGUGGUGAUCCUCGGGGACGGCGGCGUCGGCAAGUCCUGCCUCAUGAACAGAUUCGUGUCGAAUCACUUCGACGAGCACAGCUUCCACACCAUCGGGGUGGAGUUUCUCAACAAGGACAUCGAGAUCAACGGCGAGGCGUACACGCUGCAGAUAUGGGACACGGCCGGCCAGGAGAGGUUCAAGACCCUCAGGACGCCGUUUUACAGGGGCUCGGACAUCUGCCUGCUCACAUACGCGGUGGACGACAGGACGAGUUUCAGGAAUCUCGCCCUGUGGAGAUCCGAGUUUCUCAAGUACGCGGACGUUCAGGAGGGCUCCACUUUCCCAUUUAUCGUUGUUGGCAAUAAGGUGGACGUUCCCGAGUCCGAGAGGCAAGUUUGCACGGAAGAGGCUCAAGCUUGGUGUACGGAGAACGGUAGUCCCCCGCUGGUCGAAACGUCGGCAAAAGACGCCACCAACGUCGAGGCGGCCUUCGGGGCGGCGGUUGACGCGUGGGCGCGUCUGGAAGCCAGACUGGAGCGGCCUUUGGUGGAGGACACCGUCGAUCUCUCUAAGCAGCAGUCCCAGCAUCGCACGAGCUGCUGCAUGCCCAUUUCCGGCACCGAAUCCACAUUCGUGACCAGAUAAUGGAAAUGGCCGGUAGACUUGAUAUACGAUCUGUACGUGACGCAAGCCGACAUUUCUGGGACAAGUCGUUUGUAAAGUUUUCUUUAUGUUCGGAAGGGACACGCAACGUCGCACUAUUCAACUCGUAGAAACGGUGCUUGCUCUAUUUAGGAUCUGUAAGGAUACACGUUACACAAUAUAACUGUAAGAGAUUAUUUUUCUUCCCUUGGCCCGUGCGUCUUAUCUUUCUUUUGCGUAUUUACAGCGAGACGCGCAAUUCUUUUACACCCCGUAGAGAAUCUGAAUAGUUGCUGAAAUGAACAGAGCUUUCGAUAACACGUAAUCUCAUUUCGGUUUCAGUUACAGAGCUAGACAUUUUAACAAAUUAUACUUAGGAUAUCGGUUUCUUUACUCCUGGCAUACUUUGUUUCUAGGUCUAACAAAGUAAUUUGAAGAGAAUCUCUUGCCUGUCUACAAUACUCUCUUCAUUAUACGGCGAACUUUCUUUAUUGACACUGGAAUUGCAUCGGUUGUGUGUAAUAUGGGAUACAUUGUGUUUCAAAUUUUUUACUUAAGACCAGUUAAGAUCUCCAAAGAAUGUAUGGACCGCAUAGGAUAUCACUAGCAGUGUGAACGAGCGAUUUCUUUACUGGCUGGCUUAGGUUCUCUUUAUUACGAGUCUUAAAUACUCGAGCCACAGAGAUCGUAUAUAAGACAAAUAAUAUAUUGUGAUUGAUCUUUCCAGAAUACAACCUUAAGAUGUAAGAUCAGGUUAAACGUCCUUACUCUAUCAAUGCUUUGUGCAGCUCUUAAGCUACCGACAGUAUUUUAAGUGUUUCAUACACCAUUGGCUUGUGAUAAAAUAAUAAUAAUGAUGAUAAUAAAUAAGAAUAAGAAUGAUAAUUAACUUAUUACAUAAGAGAUAGGCGUAAACUGUAAUUUUAGCUUCGUAAUCUAAAUUUUGCCUUAUUCUCGCGGCAUACAUCUGAGAGCAGUAAAGCGACGUGAUUUUUUUUAGUUAAGCGCGGGAUCUCGCUACGAACACCCAGUAUUUAUAUGCGAAUUUGAUGUUUGUACAAAUUGCGGCACAGCUCGUCUGCUCUCGGAACAUUCUGUGCAUUCAAUGUCUAACGAUUUUUCUAUCAAAUUAAUAAUUAUGAAAGUGAAGCUUUUUGUACGAUCGCUGAUGCACACGGUGCGUUCUUGCCCCGCGUAUCUCUCAUCCAAAUGAUACUUUAUUCUUUAGAGAUGCCUCAUACAAAGUACAAGGAAAAAGUAUAUAAUGAUUUCCCCAUAACACGAUUCGAAUUAAUUGCGUAUGAAAUGUGCAUGCUGGUGCUUUUUAUAUAUGGCUAUAUAUAAAUUUAUAAUAAAGCAUAGAACGAUAAUAAUAGUUAAGAUGUUAAGCGCAUAAAACUGAUCAUAUCAAGGUGACGACCACCUCGUAACUAUUGAGAGUCCUGGAAUUCUUGCACCAAAUCUCUAUACGAAAUCUGUGAAUUGUUUUUAAAGGGAUACACUGCUGCACAUAUAUGAAUCUUAUUUGUGAGAAAAAAAACGCGCGUACCGAUUAUUUAUUAUUUUUACAUGUUUCGCAAACAAGGCCACUUCUCGUAUGUACAUGACUUAUGUAAAAAAAAUAUAUAUAUGUGUGUGUAUGCCUUAAGAUUUUAUAAUUCUAGGAGUUGAUUUUGCAAGAAAGAAAUAAACUUACACUGUGCUUGUUUAAGAA